AGGUGCCACAUGGAGACUUCAUCUCAAGAACAAUGAGGCUUCCUUUGUCUUAAAAAGACUUGAUAAAAUGUCUUUCUUCUCGUCAUGGAUCAAAGCUAUUUUAAUCAUUGGCUUGGCAUUUCCUCUUUAUUGUGAAACUUCUUUUGCAUCUCCAAGAAAAACGCGUGACAUGCGUGGCGCUCCAGUGUGUGGUAUAUAUGUUGGUCAAUUACAUUUUUGUACCAGAGAAAUGGAUCCAAUCUGUGCAACAAAUGGCAAAACAUACUCCAAUAAAUGCGUUUUCUGCAGUGAAAAAAUAGAAAAGGGAAAAUUUGAUUUUAGUCAUUGGGGUCGUUGCUGACUCUGCCUCAGCCACGCAAUCC